GGAAAGGAGGAAGUACUCAUUCUUUCCGACUCUGCUUUAUUGCUAGAAAAUCUAAAAAGUGCCAGAGGAAAUGAAAUUUCGAUUGCUUGGAAGCUUGAGGAGAUUAAGACUGUGGCCAUUUCAGGAAAUGUUCUGCUAUUAAGGUCAAGAGGGAAUAGGUGCAACGGACCAAUGACACUCUCUCUAAUUUAGUGCAUUAGUUGGGUUCUUAUUAAUUUGCUAUUGUCAAAAAAAAAAAAAAAAGUCUCACAGUUGAGAUCAAAUUCCAUCGGAAACUCCUUACAGCUAGAACUUUUCUUACUCUUCUCCCCAUUUUAUACGAAUCUUGCCCACUAAUCGAACUAGGUUGAUCCAUGAUCCAUAUUAACUCAUCCAACAUUAAAAUUUGAUAACAAUCCUAUAACCAAUCAGUUUCCACUUUCCGCCAUAUAAACACACACUUCUAAAAAAGAAAGUAGUACUAUUAAAAAAAUCACGUGAAAACACACUUUGACCAAAGAAAAAACCUAUCAUAUUGGCCACACCCACGCCAGCCAAUAUGAACUCAACCAAACAAAAAAGACCGACUUCUCGUAUAUUUCGAUCAUUUUAUCUCCCUUAAUUUCCGCCUCUUUUCUUCUUUUUUUAUUUUUUCCAAAAUCAAAAAUCAAAAAUCAACGCCUAAACUUCCUUUUUUUAAUUUUUCCCCACUAACCCCUAAAAAUAAAAAUAAAAACAAAAAUAAUAAAGUGUGUAUAUCUCUUCAAAUUACCCGAAACCCCUAAGAAAUUUCCCACCCAAAUUCUCACACUCCGCGUUAAAAUUCUUCGUCUUAUUCUUAUGGAAAUACAAUUUUGAUUUCGAUUAAUCAAUUUUGUUCAUGAUCAUCAAUUUUUGUUACUUUUUUUUGGGGAUUUUUCAUUGAUUAAUUGAUCGGAUUUGAGUCGGAGAAUUUUGUUGUAUGAUUUUCCGAUGAUGAUGGCGGCAGCAGGGCAGCAAGAGGGUUUUAAUUUUGGGUUGAUGAAUAACAGUUUCAAUGAUUUCUCUCAUGGCGGCGCCGGUGGUGUUGUCGGUGGUGGUGGGAAUGAUGAUGAUGAUUUUGCUAUUGAUGCUGAUGCUUUCUUUAGUAUUCUUGAUGAAGAUGAUAAUUCCGAUCAUCUUCCUUUUCCGGUGGAUCCAUUUUACCCAUCAACUGAUAAUACCCAGGAAAGUGGUUCAGCUAUUCUUGCCAAUGAUCGUAUGGAUGUAUUAACAGAUUAUGGUGCCGCAAGUGAAAAUAGUGCUGAUACAGUGGAGGCUUUGGAGCAACUUCCAUAUUCGUCUCCUCCUGAGAUGGUACUAAGUGAAGCUAAUGACACUUCAUUCAGAAAAGAUAUUACAGUAGCUAAUACUAGUCAAUUGCCCACCUUUGUUGAGACAGAGAGCUUUCCUAUUGCUGCACAGGAUUGGUACAGCAUAUAUAAAAUGUCUUCGGGCUUCCCUGAUCAGAAUUCCCUUGGUGGUGUAAACUAUGACAUGAUGUCAACAAACUUAGCAACGAGGGCUAACGUGAAGAGUGAUUUAGGUGAUUCUCGGUCAUCACAUCCAUGGUCGGAUACUAAAAUAGCCUUAGAAGCUCAAGUUGGAGCUGGGGAUGUCACCGUUUCAGAAGUCCGUAUGUAUGAUUUUUUUGACGGCAAGGAGCCUGAAUCAGUCUUCUAUAGUAAUCGCCCUGUUCAGCAUGUUGACACCGUGAAUACUUUUGAUAAUAGUAGUAGUAGCACGACUACUGAUGAGACUUCAGCUGAGCCUUUUUAUUGGAGGCAGAUGGACAAGUCAUGUCUGAAUCAAACAGCUGUUACGAAGGAUGAAGUGAACGACAAAAUACUUACAAGCAAUGGCUUUGAGUGCAAGCCUUCUGAAGCAAGCAAAGGUCCAUCAAGUGGUUUUUCGUUUGGUUCUGGUUCUGGGAAGCUCCUCAGCUCUGCUGAAGCUCAGUACUCUGGUUUUGUAGCUGGUGAUCCCGCUGUUAAAUGUCACAACCUCUCUAGUGUUGGAGAUAUAAGGAAGCCUAGGAAGGUGCAUCCUUUUGAUGAUCCAAUGUAUCAUGCAGAUCUAUUUGCCAAAAUUAACAGUUCUUAUUACAACACUGGAGGAGAGGUUGCUAAGGUUUGGCCUGUCACUUUAAAGCCUAAUCUAUUGGAAGGCACUCUGGAGGCAAGCCAAACUUGUUUGUCAGAAGGACGAAGUGACAUUGAUGAUGGCAAUGAUUUGUGCAUAAUUGAAAAUAUGAGUGAGCCAGCACGGAUACACCCUUAUUCUGUACAUGGAAAGUCUGUCAUCCCACAUCCCACAUCAUUUACUUCACAGUGUUCAACAUCCAUCACACCUUUUCAUCAAAUAGUUCCUAGUGGAACAAAGUCGAGGGCAAGUGAUGAACGGUUAAUUUUUCAAUCAUUAGUGCAGGAUCUCUCACAACCAAAGUCAGAGGCAUCCGCUCCAGAAGGCUCUUUAGCAGUACCUCUUCUGAGACACCAGCGAAUUGCUUUGUCAUGGAUGGUGCAAAAAGAAACAAAUAGCUUGCAUUGCUCUGGAGGAAUUUUGGCAGAUGAUCAGGGGCUGGGGAAAACAGUAUCGACUAUCGCUUUAAUUCUUACAGAAAGACCUGUAUCUGCUGGGACAUUGAAAGUAAAGGAACAAGGUGAGCCUGAAACAUUGGAUUUGGAUGAGGACGAUGACAAGAAAAAGGGGAAUAGUAUAAUGUCUUCUUCAGUUAAGGGGAGACCUGCUGCUGGAACCCUUGUAGUGUGUCCUACUAGUGUCCUCAGGCAGUGGGCUGAGGAGCUUGCCAAUAAGGUAACUAGUAAGGCCAAUCUUUCUGUGUAUGUUUACCAUGGGAGUAACCGGACAAAGGAUCCCUAUGAACUGGCCAAAUAUGAUGUAGUUCUUACAACUUAUUCAAUCGUAAGCAUGGAGGUCCCAAAGCAGCCUGUGGUCCUUAAGAAUGGUAGUGAUGGACGAAAAUCAGAGGUGGAAGAUGCAUCCUCUCAAUUUAAUAGGAAGAGAAAGCAAUCUUCAACAUCUGAUAAAAAACGCUCCAAGAGAGGAACAGACAAUUCAUUGGUUGAAUCUGUUGUUCAUCCUCUUGCAAGGGUUGGAUGGUUUAGAGUUGUUCUUGACGAGGCACAGAGCAUCAAGAAUCACCGGACUAGAGUAGCCCAGGCCUGCUGGGGUCUUCGUGCAAAACGUCGGUGGUGCUUGUCUGGGACACCUAUACAAAAUGCAGUAGAUGAUCUCUACAGUUAUUUCAGAUUUCUCAAAUAUGAUCCUUAUUCUGUGUAUAAUUCGUUCUGCUCCAUGGUUAAGUUCCAAAUCAGUAAAAAUCCGACAAGAGGGUACCAGAAGCUGCAGGCUGUCUUAAAGAAUAUAAUGUUGCGCCGCACAAAAGGUACACUUCUUGAUGGGAAACCAAUUAUAAACUUGCCACCUAAAUCUGUAAAGCUGAAGAAAGUGGAAUUUUCAGAAGAGGAAAGGGAAUUUUAUAGCAAGCUGGAGGCUGAUUCUCGGGCCCAAUUUCAAGCUUAUGCUGACUCUGGAACUGUUAAACAAAAUUAUGUUAACAUAUUGUUAAUGCUCUUACGGCUUCGACAAGCAUGUGAUCAUCCCUUUCUUGUUAAGGGUUAUGAUUCUAGCUCCGUUUUGAAGUCUUCCAUUCAUACAGCAAAGAAGCUUCCUCGAGAUCGACAGAUGUCUCUUUUGAGUUGUUUGGAAGCGUCACAAGCAAUUUGUGGCAUAUGCAGGGAUCCACCUGAGGAUGCUGUUGUCAGUAUCUGUGGCCAUGUAUUCUGCAAUCAGUGUAUUUCUGAGCGUUUUACAGCUGAUGACAACGUGUGUCCCUCUGCAAGUUGCAAAUCAGAGCUCAGUGCCUCCAAUGUCUUCUCUAAAGGCACACUGAACAGCUGCCUGUCUGAUCAGGAUUGUCAGGAAGGCUCUCAUAUUUGUCCUGGUGCUGAAUCCUCAGAACAAAAAGAGUUGAUUCAACCUGGACCACCUGGCCGAUUUGAAUCAUCCAAAAUUAAGGCAGCUUUGGAAGUUUUAAAUUCACUUUCAAAACCCCAUGUUUCUGUUCCUAGUGAUGUUCCAAGCCAACCUGUUACUGAUACCAGUCUCUUGGACAAAUCCAAUUCUGCACCCUUUGCCACUUAUAAUGAAAUCUCUAGUGCUACCAAUGGUUUGGGUAAUUGCAAUUCUGUCAUAAAGGAGAAAGCAAUUGUUUUCUCUCAGUGGACUAGGAUGUUGGAUCUGCUUGAAGAUUGUCUGAAGGAAUCUUCUAUACAGUACAGGAGGUUAGAUGGAACUAUGUCUGUUGCUGCCCGUGAUAAAGCUGUGCGAGAUUUUAACACUCUUCCAGAGGUAUCUGUUAUGAUAAUGUCAUUAAAGGCAGCAAGUCUUGGGCUAAAUAUGGUGGCAGCUUGUCAUGUUAUUCUUCUGGAUCUUUGGUGGAAUCCUACUACUGAGGACCAAGCAAUUGACAGAGCGCAUCGUAUUGGGCAAACUCGUCCUGUUACUGUCGUGAGGCUGACUGUGAAGGAUACAGUUGAAGAUCGGAUAUUAGCCCUUCAGCAAAAGAAGAGAGAGUUGGUUGCUUCUGCUUUCGGAGAAGAUGAAAAGGGUAGUCGCCAAAGUCGUCUUACGGUGGAGGACUUGACAUACCUUUUUAUGGCAUGACUUCAGUAGAGUUGUUUGGGUAUUUUGUACAUGUCGAUCAGCUAACACCAGCGCAUUCGUUUUUAGUUUCAAGAACCCCUGACAAUAGAUGACAUCAAUGAACAGAGUAGAAAGUUGGCUCCUUGAAGAAUAUAGGGUAUAGUACAGGAUAGAAAUGAUUCUUUUUUCAGUUGAUUGGUCAAAUGACCAUGCUUUCGUGAGCAUGCGAUAGACUUGCCUUGUAUAGCAGCAUAGUUUAGCAUGUUUAGUUUCGGACCACAGGGAUAGUUUGGAGUUACAUUUAAUGAAAUCUAUUUUUUGUCUAUUACUACAUUAUAUUCCUCUUUGUUAGAAGUUGCAUUCUUUCAUUGCCAUGGACCCAUGGUUAUUUCAGGAUUCCGGUUUCGUGCUAUUGUUUAUAUAGAGUUGUUGCUGUUUCAAGACUGAAGGUUGUGGUUCGUUGGGAGUAUUGGAUUACCUGUCCUUUGUUACAAAUCAAUAAAAGCUUCCUAGUUUCUUGGUUUUGU